AUGAUCUUCACCGCUUCCGCGGCAGCAGCUUCAAUACUGCCAGGAAAACGAGAUGCGUCUGUUUGCACAGAGAUUCGACCUCGGGUUCCAUGGACAAACCUCACGAGCGGAGAGAAGUCGGCUUACAUUCAGGCUGAUCUUUGUCUGAUCAAUGCGCCAUCCAAGUCAGGUUUCCCAGGUGCCGUGACGCGGUGGGAUGAUCUCCAGUGGCCACAUGUUGUUCAGUCGGCGACCGUCCACAAUGUCGGCGCAUUCCUUCCAUUCCAUCGAUACUACAUGACGGCACACGAGCGCCUCAUCAAGGAUGAGUGUGGCUAUACAGGACGUAUGCCGUAUUGGGACGAACUUGCCGAUCAAGAAAACAUGUCCUCCUCGGAGAUGUGGAGUACGGAAUACUUCGGUGGCAACGGAACAGCAGAGAACUACUGCGUCGUAGAUGGGCCCUUUGCGAAUCUGACCCUUCGCUGGUUGGCUGACGGCUCCAUCGAGGAUCACUGCUUGACCCGUAUCAUGAACGACAACUCGCUAAGUAGGACCAGCCAAGAAGAGAUCGACGCAUGCAACGCUAUCACAAACUAUACAUCGGCUUGGGAGUGUUUCAAUGGCGGUCCACACGGCGGUGGUCAUGCUGCGGUUGGCGGGAUCAUGCUCGACGGCACCCUGAGCCCUGGCGACCCUGUUUUCUACCUCCACCACUCAUGGCUCGACAAGCUCUUCUGGGACUGGCAGAAGCUUGACCUCCCUGCACGCCUCGCGGACAUUGGUGGCCCGAACAUUCCAGCUUCGCGUGGAACGCAGCCAGGGGGACCGGAUGGACCGAACGGAACUGCCGUAAGGAGUGGCACGGGCGUCCCCGAAAAUCCAUCUGGGGUCAUUGGUGGCACAGGAUCCGAGUUUGUUGACUACUUUGGUGACAAUGGUACGGUAACGACUCUGAAUCACAGGAUCUACAUGGCCGAGAUCUACCCCAACGUCACCAUUGGCGACCUCAUGGAUCUGAACGGCGCCGUCAUUUGCUCCGAGUACAUUGACGUUUAG